UGUGCAAUCUAUUUUUUACAUAUUUUUAUCUGCAGUAGCAUAUCGUAUAAUAAUAUACCAAAUUAAAUACUAAAGCUAAUGAAAAGUAGCGAACGGGUAUUGUAGACAUUUUAGUCCUGUUAAGAUAUGCUUGCGAUAUGAUUGAUAACGAAGACGGUGAAGAUGCUAAUGCAGAUAACAUAGACGAACACAGCGAAGAGUCCCAGCCAAUUAUUCGAAGAACGCGUGUUGUGCUACAGCGCUUGGGACCAUCACAGGAUGGGACGCCAGAGACUGAUAAUCCGUUUGGAGGACGGGAACCUGUUCCUGAAGCCGUUAAUGCUUUGGAGCCAGAAGAGCAGUCUACCUCGCAAAAUAACAAUACACAGAACGAGAUAAUAACCAUCGAUACGCCAACGCCGCCAAAGAAACGCAAACGAUUGUCCAAUGUAUCCAAAAAAGCGAUGGGCACUCCCGUUGUGGGCGAGACAAGGUCCAACGAUGACGACGAAGACGAUGGCAUGACAUGUCCCAUAUGCUUGGAUACUUGGGAGAUGAGUGGCGACCAUCGUUUGGUCUCUCUGCGCUGUGGCCAUCUAUUUGGCGAAAACUGCAUACGACGCUGGCUGGCAGAGAGUCAACGCCAGACCUCGAUCAAGUCCUGUCCGCAAUGCAAAACCAAGGUGACCACACGGGAAAUACGCUAUUUGUAUGCAAAACGAGUGCGUGCUAUAGAUCGCAGUGAGGAGCACAACAUGCGACGAGAUCUGGAGGUAGAGCGUAUGCGCUCAAAGGCGCUAAGCAUGGAACUUGCAACGGAAAAGUUAGAUCACACGCUGACCGCCAACAAAUUGAAAGCGGUGCAAAUGGAUUACGACCGUUUGAGGCUUAUAGUGCGUGCUGGCCGCGGCGCUGGGGAAUUAGACAACGAAUGUGGCCUAAAGAGUAUCAGUCAAUUAGCCAGCCAUCGGCUGUACAUGGAGAAAAACAUUGAGAUUACCCGUGAGCCCGGCUGUCGCGUGCUGCUCUUCUCGGCGACGCACAAAACGCUGCUGGCCUCACAGAAAAGCGCGCAGAACCUAUUUCCCGGCUAUGGUGUGCGCUUUAUCGAUCUGCCCAGCUUCAGGCCGACGCAGUUUGUGCAUACCUCCGCCCAGCUUGUGCGAGACAUUGCCUGCUCCGAGAGUCAGCACACACUAACUGUGGCCAGUCGCGAGGUGCGCAUCAAAAGCUUCGAUAUACGCACACGCUUGAGCAAUGUCAGCUUUACGGCGCACGAUAAGCAGCUCUGGAGCUGCGGAGUGGAUCGAGAGCAGCGGGAGCACUAUGUCUAUGCAGGUGAUCUGCGUGGCGCCGUAUAUGUAUUCGAUAUGCGCUUUCCCGAUAACAUACUCAGCGAGUAUCAAGCAAUUGAAAACUUCAGUCCUGUCAUAAACAUUGCGGCCGUGCGCACCAGCAAGACCUUUCCCAGUGGCGGUUUACUAGUCUGCCAGCUGACUAUGGUCAAGUUCUAUGAUAAUGAGAAUGACACGGCUACGCCUACGCGGCUCAAUGUCGAGGGUCCCUUUCUGUCCGUGCAGUAUGAUGCACUGCAGGAUACAGUGCUCAUCUCCGCACGCUCCAAUGCGCAGUAUAAUAAAUCACGCUUUAUACUUGGCCAGCUGGUCAAGAUAGAUGACACACCUGUGUUGAAAAUUACGGCCACCAUAUUUGGCUCCACGGCUACGCCUUAUAUGACGCGGCCCACACAGAUGGGCGUGGAGGAUAACUCGCUGGUCGUUGGCUAUUUGCAGGACACUAAGCAGCUUAUGAUGUACGACGUGCGGCGCGAGGAACGUGUGCAGACCAUGCCCAUCAACGAAGUGGUUUACGACAUUUGUCCCGUCAACACAGCAGCCGGUUCUUAUCUGGCCGCCUUAACGGACAACAAGUGUCGCGUCUACAAGGUGAACAGCACCAAAGCAAACUAAGCAAAGGCUGUGAUGAUAACUCCAAUUCCAAGUGCGACUGCCAUUAAGUUAAUUACCUAUAGAUUAAGUAUAAUUUAAUAAGAUAAAGAGCUGU